AUGCAGCAGACAGUCGCCGCUAUUGAGGAGUUCAUCGAAGCGCGUGACGCGUUGGGGCGGUGGAUCGAUGAGAGGGAGAGCGGCGCCGGCGGUGAUGAGCGCUACUACAGCAGCCGCAACGCAAAUGAGGAGGAGGAGGAGGAGGACACCGCGGUGGAGCUGGUGGGGGUUCUCUGGCGAAGCGCCUUCUUCUGGGUGGCGGUACUCGACUACAUCGAGGCGCUGUCGCUCAGCAGCGCUAAGGUGAACGCCUUUGCGCUGCGGCCAAAGUACGAGCAGGCACUAAUGCAGCUCCUCAACUCCGUUGCCGUGCCGCGAUUCGCCGGCAAUUGGCAGCAAGCACCUCUUGCGCCUGCUCCUUCUGCCACUAGUGAGGCGGCCCCCGCGGCUGUGCCGAGUGAUAAUGAUGUCAAUGGUCAGCCAACAGACAAUGGCGCCUCGGCCCUAACAACAGCGAGUGAUGUGGGUCCGUCCACCACCAUCGCUACUACUACCGCGACUAAUGCUGCUGGACGUGGACGUGGACGUGGCAGCAACGACGAGACGGAUUCGGCACGUGCGGACAGAGUGACGCGGCUGCUUGCCGACCUCGCGGCGCUGACGAACUGCCCCACCGAUAAUCCUGACGCCGCCGGCAUCAACCCAACAUUCUACGCGAUGGUACAUGCGCGGCUGAACGUACUGGCGGCGUGUGACCGCCUCGACCGCUUUAGCGCCACUGCCGCUGUUGCCCCGCCGCCGUUGACGCCGUCACUGCAGGCGCUGCAAGCACAGCGUGACGCCAUUGCGGCGUCCCGCCAGCGUCGGGAGAUGGAGCGUGAGAACCGUGACGACAUUGGCGUGCCACUAGACUUUGUGCCGAACGAGGCGUACAUGCGUGCCGCGCUGGAGAAACAGAACGACACACUGGGCGAGGACGAGGAGCUCUUCAAGGACGAGAUUGUGGAUUACUACAAGCGCCACCCGCAGCCAACAGCACCGGGACGGCGCGGGAAUGCGCCACAGGACGCGCGGAAGGGUGCGGCACCAGCGGAGGAGCCUGUGGCGCUUGUGAAGCCGCACCGCUUCUGCAAGGUGAAGACAGGCUACACGUGGACGCAGUACAACCGCACACACUACGACUCCCGCACGAAUCCGCCGCCACGCAGUGUGCUGUGGUACGAGUUCACACUCUUCUACCCCGCCUUGGCAAACACGACGCGCGACAUGAGCCGCAUCUACCACAUCGAGGACACACCAAAAGGACCAAACGGCGACUAUUGCAUUCUUGUCUUUUCUGUGGGGCCGCCGUACGCAGAUGUCGCGUAUCAAAUUGUGCGGAAGCAGUGGGACACACGCCCUGGUGGCGUUCGGGCGAGCUUCGACAGCAGCGGCACCUACCGCCUGUUCUUCCGCUUCACUAACAGCAACUAUCGGCGCUAA